CUCCUCCUCCUCCUCCCUCGCGCAGCAGCAAAUCAAUGUUUGUUGCCCGCCGUCUUCUCCUCUCUCGUUCCACUUCUGCUUCUCUUUCAAUUGUUUCCCAAACCACCACCACAUUCGAACACUUCUUCGCAACCAUCACCCCAAUGACCACCGGCACCACCGAACCUACUACCUCCUCCCCUCCCGCCAAGCGCAUCAAGACCUCCGCUGAUUCCUCCUCCCAAACCACCACUGCCGCCACUACUACCGCCGCCACCAUGACUGCCGAUACCCAGACUCCCGUUACCAAGGUCGACCAGGCCCCUCCUCUCCUCAUCAAGAAGCUAUCAGACAAGGCCCGUCUGCCUACGCGCGGCUCCGCCUUCGCUGCUGGUUACGACAUCUACGCUUCCAAGGAGACUACGAUCCCUGCGCGCGGCAAGGGUCUGGUGGAAACGGAUAUUUCCAUGGCUGUUCCUGCUGGCACUUACGGCCGCAUCGCCCCCCGCUCCGGCCUAGCAGCCAAGAACUUCAUUGACGUUGGCGCCGGCGUCAUCGACGCCGACUACCGCGGCCAAGUCAAGGUUCUCCUGUUCAACCACUCGGACGUGGACUUUGUCGUCAACGAGGGCGAUCGCGUCGCGCAGCUGGUUCUCGAACGCAUCUAUACCCCCGAGGUGGUCGAAGUCGAACAGCUGGAGGAGAGCGUCAGAGGCGCGGGCGGGUUCGGGAGUACAGGCGUUGGUUCUGGUGUUGGGGAGCAGAUGAAGAACUAAGAAAGCAAGAAAAGAAAAGAAAAGAAAACAGAAGAAAAGAAAAGAAAAGUGGGUUAGGGGUAUGAAGCGAUAUAGAUGGACGGCGUUUUUGGGAAAUUUCGCAGAGGAAUUGAAAGGUAUGAAAUGCAUAUGAUACUUCGGAUUGGU